UGUUACUAAAUUUGACCUUUAUUUUAUUAUUAACAAAUCUAGUCACUAGUCUUGUAUUGUCCUUGAGUGCAUAAUUAAUCCCAAGAAAUUUUAGAAUAUCUGAUUUCCCUAAUGAGAAAUCACUAAAUAUAAAACCAAGCUAGACCUCAUCACUUUCAGUUGCAAACACAUCUAUGGAAAUUGUGUGUUCAUUUUUCUUUUUUUUAGACUGCUUUAUUUCCUUAGGCAACAAUAGUAAUUGAAGCUUAAUGAAAUGUCUGCUUUAGUUAUGGAUUUACUGACCAUUGACUAAUAUUGACUUGUGUUAGGUUGUAUUGCAUGAUAUUUGUUAAGGACUAUCCAUGAUGGAUAACAUGUCUUAUCCUGUGAUACUGACCCUUAUGGUGCCAAAAGAAACUAAAUCAUAUAGGCAUGUAUAUUUUAUUUGUUUUCUUGCCUUAUAUCUCUUUAUAUUGUCUAUAAAUAUUCUUCUUGUUGUGGUCAUUAUCACGGAAAAAGCACUUCAUGAACCAAUGUACAUAUUCUUGAGUCAUCUGUGUAUAAAUGGGGUUUAUGGAGCCACAGGAUUCUACCCUAAAAUGCUGUCUGAUUUAAUACUGGAUUCAUAUGUAAUCUCCUCUCACAUGUGUGCUCUGCAAACCUAUGUUAUCUACAGCUCUUUACUUUCUGAGAUCACAAUAUUAACAGUGAUGUCUUAUGAUAGAUAUGUAGCCAUAUGCAAACCUUUGGACUAUCAUUCCAAAUUAACUAAGAACACCUGUGUGAAAUUAAUUCUGCUUUCAUGGAUUAUUCCCAACUUCUUUGCUGUUAUAGCCGUUCUGUUUGCAAACUUGAGGUCUAUUUGUAAAUAUCACAUUGACAAAUUAUAUUGUGACAACUGGUCAGUUGUAAAACUGUCUUGUGCAUCAUCUUUUGUAAAUAAUAUCAUUGGAUAUGCCAUUGCAGUCACAUUUGUUAGCUUUAUAGUUUUCAUCAUAGUGUCCUACGUAAAACUGAUAUCUGCGUGUAAAGCAUCUUUAGAAAACAGAAGGAAAUUCUGGCAAACAUGUCUGCCACACCUAUUUACACUGAUGAAUUUCACUUUUGCUUUCCUUUUUGAUUUCAUGUAUAACCGAUAUGGUGCAAAUGAUAUUCCAGAGAGUCUGCGUAAUUUUUUGGCCUUAGAACUGGUUAUAGUCCCACCUGUUUUUAGUCCUCUAAUCUAUGGAUUAAAUAUUAGGGCAGUGCGCAAAAGAGUUUUUAUUUCAUGUGUUGGGCAUUAUAAAUGA